AGACACGCUCCGGCCAAGCCCGUCCGGACCGACACGCGAAAACAGCAACAUUAAAAACAGAAGAAGACCCCGCAAUGUCCGAACCGAAGUACCGAGAGUGGAUCCUUGAAACAAUCGAUUCUCUUCGCUCGAGGAAAGCCCGUCCGGACCUCGAGAGGAUUUGUCGUAUGGUUCGGAGACGACACGGGUCGGACCCGGACCGAACCAGGGCAGAGCUGGAAAAACUCAUUCAAGAGCAAACCGUGCUCAAAGUUAGCUAUAAGGGAUCGAUCUCUUACCGGAAUGCGGCGAAGGUGCAGAGGAAAAGCAGAAAGAGGGGUGAGUUUACGCCCGCCGGUGUGAGCGCGGAGGCAGCGAGGGAGCGGACCAAACGCGGCGGUCUGAGCAACAACGGCGACAGUGCGCACAGUUUGACAGACCAGGAGAAGGGAGAGGACGACCCGGAGCCCGGCCCGGGCCACCGGCCGCGAACGUCGACCAGCGCCGCCGGGAAGAAACCCCUUUCCAGUCCGAGUAGCGGAAACGGUCGUCUCGUUUGUGGCGCACCACCGAGCUGCGCCGCCGGGAGCGAGUGCGGCGAGGAGAAAGCAAGUGCGUUGCGAGAGAAGGGAUUAGGACAUCGGCCGGGGGUUAACUGUCCGUCGGCCAGUCAUGGUCAUACGGCAAACGUACUCGACGACCUCGAUGACAAGACCGCAAAACCGGCCGAAGCCGAUGCGAUUCGCGGAAGAAUUGAGCCGGGUUUGCCCGGCGUCGCUGCUGACACGGAGGAUAAAACUUGCCCCGGGAGCGUCAGCUCCGGCGAUGGCACCCCCCCUGAAAGGCCAAAAUACAACGUGUCCCUCAAGCCCAAAGUACGUGUCGGAGGAGGAGGUGGAGGAGAAGGUGCCAUAUCGACGACGGACCAAGACAACUCUGACUUGGGGGACAGACUGGUGGCCUCUGUUCACAGCUUGUCCCAAAUAAAUCUUCGCGGGGGCUCUGGUUCCGCGGCCAGAGGCCAGAUGAAGCCACUUGGGGUGAAAGAGAUUUUGGACUAUUUGAGCAGCCAGGAGCGGCUUUCCGAGGAGAUGCUGACCCGAGGCAAAGUCAAAGUGGUCCUGGAGAGGGAGGUGGAGAAGGGCAGGCUGCGCAGGACACGCUGCGGGAACAUCACUCUUCCUCUGAGGAGACUGGCGACGGAGCAGCCGCCAAAGAAUGGCUCCGCCGAUAGUCUUCUCAAGAGCGGGCUGCAGGACAGGCACACUCCGAAAAAGGUGAGCUACAAAGGCGACGAGCCAAUGGAAACAGACAGUGGGGAGGCAGAGCAAGAGGAGGAUGAGGGAGAUGAUCCCCGGAGUUCUGAUGAAGAAGGAGGACUGUCCACGGUAACCAUGGUAACCGAACCCAGCCUCAACGAUAAAAGCAAAGAAGAUGCUGAGAUCCAGACAGCACCAAAGCAGGAAAGCCCACAACGUCAACACCAUUGCAUUAAAGAUGUGUCAGAGCUCCCAGGUUCUCUCACCAAGGUCCCAUGUUUGCCAGCCCAGGAGGGUUUGCUGUCAUACUUUAAGAGUGAACAAUUAGAGCAGAGUGUUGUUUCUCCUAGUCAACUACUCAUAAGUGCACAGGAUCAGAGACAGCAGGAGGGAGGGAGUGACACUUCCUCAGGCUUCAACAGUUUGUGUAAGACAGAAGUCGGCGUGUCCUCCUGUCCGCUCACACCCACAGCCUCUCCAAAAGACUCCAGUUUGUCUGAAGAACCAGGGAUAAAUGGAGGCAUUAAUAGAGGAAUGUUUACAAAGGCCGACGGGAUAAGUGUAAGCCCAGUGAACUGGACGGUGUCCGACGUGGCCAACUAUAUCACAGCAGCAGGUUUUCCUGAGCAGGCUGUUGCCUUCAGGACUCAGGAAAUCGAUGGGAAGUCUCUUCUCCUGAUGCAGCGUAAUGAUGUUCUGACUGGUUUAUCAAUCAGGCUUGGUCCUGCUCUCAAGAUCUACGAGCGCCAUGUGAAAGUUCUUCAAAAAACACACUUUGAGGAUGAUGACUGCUGA